UUUUCCUCCGACAAACCUGGCGUGCGAUGGUUUAGUCCGGUCCAAGUUUCCAGAAAGUCAUACGGUAACUACCAACUACUACCUCCUUUCCCCGCCAAAAACAUACCCGCCAUAUUUGCCCAACGACCAGGCGCGUGGGUCCCACUCGUAAUUAAACGGCUCUUUCUCCUCUUGAAUACACCGAGAUCACGGCGGACACGUUCUCUCCUUUUGAUCUCUUCUUCUUGUUCCGUUACCGUCGCAUGAUUUUGGGGUUAAAUUCGAAUGAAAAGACUCAAAUAACCCUACAGAUUAGUUGACCAUCACUCUUCUGGAUCUGGAAGGAAACAAAGGAUUGCUAAAUCUCUGAAAAAGGGCUCUUAUUACUCUAAUUCCACCUAGAGAUUCCAAGACUUUACCGUGUCUAUUUAGUUUACAUUACACAUUCACUAAAGAAGAAGAUGCUAAGUGGAAACAAUGGAAACACCGUACCACCGGUUUUCAUGAACGAGAACCAGUUGCAGUACCAAACCAACACUCAAUCCAAUCAGCUUCACCUUCACGGAACCAUGGGAGGAGGUGGAUGCACUACUGUUGAUCCUGUAAACUAUUUUGCUAAUGAUAAUAAUAAUCUCGUUCACAUGGCUCGGCCUAACAAAAGAGGGAGGGAAGCAGAAAGCAUCAGUAAUAACAACAACAUCCAAAGGCAACAGCAGCUUCAGAUGUCUUUGAACUACAAUCAUAACAAUUACAAUGUUCAAGAAGAAGCUCCCAAGGAGAAUCUAGUCUCCACUGGUCUUAGACUCUCUUAUGACGACGAGGAACGCAACUCUUCCGUGACUUCCGCUAGUGGUAGCAUCAUGGCUGCUUCUCCAUUCUCUCAGUCACUGGAUGAUAGUCUUCGGAUCCACCUCCAUAGACAAAAAAAUGAGCUUGACCAGUUUUUGAAAAUCCAGGCAGCUCAAAUGGCGAAAGGAGUGAGAGAUAUUAAACAGAGACAGACUGCUUAUUUUCUGAACGCAAUAGAGCAAGGAGUGAGCCUGAAGCUUCAAGAGAAAGAUCGGGAGAUUGAGUCCAUGAACAAGAAGAAUAAGGAGCUCGUGGAGAGGAUAAAGCAAGUGACGACGGAAGCUCAGAACUGGCACUGCAGAGCAAAGUACAAUGAGUCUCUGGUUAAUGCCUUGAAGAACAAUCUGCAACAAGCAAUGUCACACAACAACAACAACAACAACAACAAGAAAGUGAUAGCUGGUGCAGAUCAAGGUAGAGAAGGGUUUGGAGACAGCGAAAUAGAUGAUGCAGCUUCAUCAUACAUUGACCCAAACAACAACAAGAAGAAGAUGGGAAACGAGAGGAUGAGAUGCAAAAUGUGCAAUGCGAAGCAAGUAUCAGUGUUGCUUGUGCCGUGUAGGCACUUGAGUUUGUGUAAAGAAUGUGAUGUGUUCACUGGUGUUUGUCCUGUUUGCAGGUCUUUGAAAACUUCUAGCGUUCAGGUUUUCUUUUCCUGAGCUUUUGUGACCAAAAAAAAAUGGAGCGAAGGAAAAAAAAAGAAGAAAACAAAAGAGUCCUUUAUAUAAAAUUUUCAACUUAUAAAAGUUAUUGUUGACUAAUAUAUUAUAUUGAAAAUAGUUUGUAUAUGAGAUGAUUCUGCA